UCGAAGUCGAGCUGAGAUGAUGUCAAGCCAGUAAUGUUCUUAAGGGGACUGAUAAAUCUGAGAGCAGUUGGCUUUUGGCCUUCAGUGUUUGGGCUCGUUGUUUUUAUUGCGGUUACAAGUAACUGCGUAUCAGGUAACCUACUAUCGCUCAGCUUGGAAGAUUCUCAUUUGUACUUUAUCUCAACAUAAGUUGAAAUGUAAUUAGAUACAAUGAUCGUUCUUUUCAAUUUAGAACAACUUUUAAUUUUUUCCUAUUGAAGGCAAUUAUCAUGUUUUAUAAUGCGCAUCAUUUUUUAGGUUUCUAUUCUUUUUCUGGAUUAAAAAAAAAGGAUCUCACAUAAGCUUAUAUUUCACUACAACUAUGUUAUCCGUCGUGCGUCAUCUUAAAUAGAUUUGAUCUUCAUUUAUAAUUGAUGAGGUUUGCAGCCACUUUUCAUUACGUAUACAGUAUUCUAUUACUACUGCAGUUACAAUAUAUAUAUCCUAAUCAUGUCUUGUUCAUGAAUUUGUUUUUUUUUCUGUUAGAUAACACAGCAAAGAACAUAGUAUUGCUUUUUCAAGAUGUCACUCUUAGUCAGUGGAAAAGUGCAAAUAAAACAGCCGAUCUUCGAAGAAUCAUUUUGGAUGUUGUCAAUGAGUUUUGCCCCCGAAACCCUAGCAGAUGUUCUUUGAAUUUUUGGAAUGAAUCAAGGUACUGAAAGUUUCUUCUUUUAAUGUUGAAUUUUAAGAGGAGUAAUCAGGUGGUGGUGGUUGAAGCAGUGGAGGAGGUGGUGGUGGUGGGGGUGGAGGGGUAGGCAAACUGAGGGGUAGGGGAAUUUAACAAUUCCAGAGAAGCCAGGGUCAAAUUUUACCACUCCUAGUUAACAAAUUGAUGUGAAAUUACAGCCCCCAGACAGCCAAAUAAUUGAGGUUGUUAGCAAUGUCGAAGUCCCCACCCAGGGGAUUGCCCUUUUUAGCAGUGAAUCGUCCCCGUGGAGAGUUUGGAGUAGAUAUCCUUGGAUAAUAAUUCUGGCAGGAUUUCAUUGUUUACUUUAUAUAACUUGUAGUGUAAAAACAGGGUAGGUUAGUGGUCAUGUUCCAGCACGUCACAUGACACCAUGUCUUUUGCCAAGUUUAAGACAAUUCUGAAGCUCACUGCAGGCUCAAAUUGUGAAAGCCAAUGCCCCAAACCUACCGAGGUACCAUGUGUCUUGGUGAAAAUAUCCAUCAGGUUAUCGGCCUCCAAGGUCUUUAAUUGGUAUUACUGUAUCAACUGAUAGUUGUGACUGGCAGCAGUGGUGGAAUCUGUGCCCUGCAAAGCAACCAGGAACACGAUCUGAGGACAUAUUAAAGGGGCUGAAUUGAGAGAACUAUGAACUAUAGGAGCAUCAGCUGGGAGGAGAAAAGGAGAGCCAGGAGCUCUACAAAUGUUAAUAUUAUAAUUAAGUGUUGAGGUUCAAAUUAACAGCUGCUUAGUGGAUGGGUGUUGAACGUCUGAGAAGAAUCUUAAAUCCUUAAGAAAUCUACUCUGGAUAUCACUGAAUGUAACGUGGAGGACUGAAAUAACAACAACUUUAUCUGUACUGUAGACAGAUAACUAAAGCAAAUGAAACAAAUAGGUGGCAGAAAAACAUGACUUUUAAAGCAUCGUUUAGCUAUGGCUGGGUGGUCACGUUAAAUAAUUUAUUAAAACUAAUCUGCUGGUCUUAGUCCUGGAGGCGCUUGAUGCCUUGAAACAAAUAUUACAGGUGCCUGGGACUGCUAGCAAACCAGCUGUCAGGGAGGCCUCGUCAAUGUGUAUAGAAUGAAACACUGGGUGGUAUAAACCUUUUGAAACAAAAAAGAAUAUAAUUUGCAAGUUGAGUGCAGAAUCACUUGAGUUGCUCCUUGCUGGCUGAUGAAGUUGGUAAACAGCAGGCGCACCCAACAACCGUUUUCUGGGAAAUGAUCUGAAAUGGCUCGUUAUGCAUCCUGGAGUGCUUUAAAGGCAAUAUAAAUGAAUAAUUCGCAUCGCUAAAAAAAUUUGAUCUGUUCGGUCGUCCUAGGAGUGGUUUGAACCUCUCGAAUUUUUUAGGGCUGUUUUUCGCCUUUCCCGAAAAUAACAGCCUACAGUGAAAACUUUCCGAAAACGUCAGAUUACCUGACGAGCUUUUCCCUUAGCCGAAAUUUUUAGGGGUCCUUUCAAAUUUUCUCCGAAAACUUUAUCUAUUGUGAGAAUGUCUUCGAAUUUUCUAGGGCGACGUAGAAUGUAUAGAAAAUUCUAGGUGUAAUAAUAAGAAUAAUUAUAGAUUGGUACCCUUAGAAAAGGGUCGUUGGGUUUUAAAUCAGUUAUGAGAAAUUUUCGCUAAUGAGACUGUCAGCCGGGUUUAAAAAUUUUGCUAUUCUUAGUUUACGAAAGCUACGAAAUUUCUAGGUGCCGAAAUCAGAAUCUAGAGAUUACUACGAACGCUACGAAAUUUCAAGGUGAUCUAGAGAUUACUACGAAAUCCGAAAUUCUUAGGUGAACAAACCACACAAAUCCCGAAACUCUGAGCCCAGCGAACAGUCACCACGAAACAUUUUCGAAAUUUUUAGCUGUUCUUGGGCUCUCGAAAAUUUUAGCCAUUCUAGAGGGCUCCGAACAGAUAUUUCCCAGAAAACGGUCGUUGGGUGCCCCUGAAACAGAAACAGUCGCUGUCAACAACAACAGUUCUAUUCAGGACUACGUUCACCCGGACGAUCAAACUCAACCUACUUUUAAAAGUCGGUAAUGUGAAUAAGUGAUACUCUUUCCACUUGCUCAGAGCCAGUAAUUAUAUAGGGUACCGCGACAUGCCUGUAGAAUGAAAGUACUCCUCCAUGCCUGACAACGAUGCUCCUAAAUGGACACAAACAAAGCUGCACUAGAGAUCACACUAUCGAAGCUUGUUUUUUGUAUAUCAUAACAGUCGUUUGUGCAAGUAAAAUUUGUGUUUUUAAACGUUUUUUUGCGCAGCUUUUUCACGAAAAAGACUUUGUGAGUUACCCAUGGUUCAGUUAACAUGAAAUAGUGCUUUUCUUCUGUACCCUGUCACUGUGAGGUAAAACAAAUUUUCAGUUUUCUACAUUCAGAGCCAAGGGUGAACGAAUUUCAUAGAAUUUUCUUGCGCAAACUUAUUCAAGUGAUUCUUAUUUUUUAGGCAAUUUAUCUUGAGUCAUGUAGUCGUUGUGGAACCUCUGAAGCAAGAGGAUGACGACAUUCAAGUGAAAGUUUUUGUUGCUCUUCCCGACGGAAAGGACAUUCGAGAAGAUGAUUAUGUUGCUAUAUCUGGUUCAGUACUGAAGGAGAUUUUAGAGGCUUACAAGCAGAACUUAUCAUCUGCUGUUGGUGCAGAAGUGAAGUCUAUAAACACUGAAAGUGACUCAAGUGACAACGUUACUGACAAUACAAUGAACUUCAUCAUGAUACCAAUAGCAUUUGCACUACUUGUUGUGUUGUGCUGCGUGGCAUUCUGUUUGCACUCUGCCAGGUACAUCAAUGCAUUAUCGCUUAUAGUACUUAUCUAACUUUUCCUUUGUUACCAUGCAGACAUUCUUUUGGCUCGUCACGCAGUCUUCUAUGGGACAGAAAUGCGUGACGAAGCCCAAAGAACGUUUACGUGGGAGGCUACCUUAAUCUUAACUUGGAAAAAGAACCUACGACUGUCUUGACUACUGGUUCCUCCACCAAAAGUUGUCUUAGGGAAAACGAUCGAGGUCCCUGGUUCGAAACGCCUAGGCUCUGUUUUCAAACCUAGCCCCACUGCCGCCGUGCAGAACUCAAUUUUGUUGGCCAACUGAAUUAAAUUCGACGUCGUAAACCCAGUCUGUACACGACUUUGACUAACCUGCGAACGGCAGACGGCGAUGAGCGAGGAGAAACGUCUGCCGUUUGCAGGCUAGACUUUGACGUGAAAUUGUCUAUUUUCACUUUUUAUUGACGAAAAACGACGACGAAUUUCUCUUUCAGCUUAUUUUUUCUUAAUAAUUCAACUCAAGAAGAGUUUGCCUACCUUAGAUAAAGUGAGCGAGUGGGAAUAAUCGCACUGAAGUAUCAAAGAACGCGAAGUCAUGAUCACUUUUUUAAAAAAGUGACCCAAUUGUGAAGUUUUUGCCUCCGUCACUGUCGUAAUAUCUAAACUCCCUGGUGUUACAGUCUAGCCAGUGCCAGCAAUCACGUGGAACCAGCCCUACCUUAAUCUUUAAAUUGUCUAUUUUCUUAAGACACAAUUUCAGAAACAUUCUUCCUACCUCGCAACGACCCAUCAUUAAAACCAACUCAAUCAACAGGUUUAGUUGACUAAAUACAUCACUCAAGUAAAGUGUAGACACAGGAACACCAGGAACUGGAAACCACAUUAGCAGGCGACGAGCGAUACUGAUUUUUCUGGAAGUAGGUCAUCUGAACAACGAAGAACAAAGUUAUUUUUUUUGCCUUAAAUAUGUUUUAACGCAAAAACCAAAAUGACAAUUUACAAGUUAUUACAUUACAGGUAAUGUAAUAAGUUUAACAAGUUUCAACAGUUUAUGGUGAAAAAAAUUUAUUUCCACAGUAAAAGGAAGAAAAAGGCGAUUGAAAAAGAGCGAAGAAAGCAAUUGAGAUUAAAUAGAUUACAGCCUUCAGCAGACGACUUUGAACGAGGGGAACAAUCAGUUAGUACAGCAGACGCCGUACAAAAACCAGUUGCAGCGCACGAAACAAGAAGAAAAGAAAAGACGAAGAAGCAUCAAGAUGAGACAGGUGAUCACACACGAAAAACAAAGAAAACAACCACGAAUGGCAAACACAAGCGACUUAAAGAGGAAGCCAUGCUUGAACCUGCAAUGCUUGGUGGUCAGCUGGAAAUUGGUGAAAAGGAAAGAUUACCGACACCAAUUCCUGGACACCGUUCGAUAAACAAACACACGAGAAAGAAGAAACAGAAGAAAGCUCACCGUGAACGUAGAGAACAUGACGAGGGGUACAGCGAGGGUAGCGACACAAAGCAAACUGGUGAAAUAAACAAAGAGGAAUUGCUGAUAAGAAGCCUACCUCGCCCUCGACAGUUGGCACCUCUCCCAGAAAGAACUGAUAUCCAACUGUAAAAUAACAUUAUGCUACCAUCAGUAAAAAAUUUUAUUACAUCGCACAUACUUUUAAUAAAUCUUACAGUGACAUAAUGUAUACAGGAUUUUUAAUUGUAUACUGGGUGAUGUGACUGUAAGAUAACUUAGAAGUAUGUGCAAUCUAAUAAAAUUAUCUGACGUAUAAUUCCCCCACUAAAGAUUGUCCCGUUAAUAAGACCACAUUCUCGGCCCAAACGUACUGAGAAACUCUGUUGUUUUUGCCUUUUUUUCCUCGCCUCUUCCCGUUUUGUUGCCUACAUUAGCAUGAAGUCCACAAAUCAACGUGCCUUUAG